AGUUAUUAUCUUCAACAUUAUUCAAUCACAUUAUACUGAACAAGAAUCCAGAGAAGCUCCCUGUUGUCUUCUUCUAUCCAUAGUUAUACAGAACCAGAAACCAAAGAAGAAUCAAACUUUGCAACAAGAAGAAGCUAUGAGUUGCUGUUGCGGUGAGGAUUGCCGGCCUUUGGGGUUUCUACUUGGCCUGCCCUUUGCUUUCGUCUCACUCCUCCUCUCCGUUAUUGGCGUGUUCAUCUGGAUUGUCGGGUUGGCGUUGACUUGCAUAUGCCCGUGCUGCUUGUGUGCGACGAUCAUAGUUGAGCUUGCUUUGUCGUUGAUCAAGGCUCCAUUUUCGAUCAUGAAGUGGUUCACAUCCAAGAUUCCUUGUUAGACUAGCGUUUUCUGAUAAUCUCAUAUUCAUUGCUUGCGGUCCUUUUGUUGCAAAAUUUAUUCAGUGAAUUCGUUGGUGUGUGUAAUUUAUGAAAUUUAUGUUCCACUUGGUUCUUCAAGGAGCUUAACCAAGAGGACUGACGAUUCUAUUCUCUAAUAGAAACUUUUCUUGUGCAUUA